GUUCGGAUUGGCCUCCCCCUCUCCUGAAGCUGAAUGAGAAGGGCUUAUCUGCGUUCGAAGAUGAUCCCCCUUCAGAAAAGUGCCGAGCCAUUAGCGCCCCCGAACUUCGUGAUGCAAUUCCAUCAUCCCCCCUCCCCCCCCUUCCCCCUCCUCUCCGGAUGUCGCGACCAGUGACAUCCUCGACGUUGGCGGACGGCGACGGUUCAUCCGCGACUGCUUUCCCCGCACGCGAGUGCCGAUGGCGUGAACCGCGGGAUGAAUGGCUCCAAUGCUCGCCAUCCCCCGCCGAUUGACGCGAUGGCUUGCCCGGGGAGGGGGGGGACGUUUAUAUCGGCACGCAACUCCAGCCCCCUCUCUCAUGUCCGACGAUGCAGUGCUGAAUCGCAAGGACAUUUCAGUCGCACGAAACCAAGCAACUUGAACAAGAAGAAGAGAACAAUCGAAAUGUCUACCACGACCACGGAGAUCCAGGCCGGCGCGGCGCCCAUCAAGCUAACGUUGGCCUACGACGAUAAAACUCAUGACCAGUACAAGUAUUCCCACUACCUGCCCGUCUACGACGAAGAGUCAUCGUUCCCGGCGCUGGAGCCGUUCGAGUUCAGCGACCGCGGGCUGGCGGCGGACAGGGAGAAGCCGAACCUCCUGCCCAGGGAUAACACGGCAACCACGGCGAAGAGACUGACGCCGGUCAUCGGGACCGAGAUCCGGGGCCUCCAGCUCUCGCGGCUCGACGAAAGGCAAAAGGACGAGCUGGCGCUCCUUGUUGCGGAGCGCGGCGUCGUCGUCUUCCGCGACCAGGACUUCAAGGACAUCGGCGUCGACGAGCAGAAGGAUUUUGGACGCUACUUUGGGCCCCUCCACAUCCACCCCGGGGGCGCGCAUGUCAAGGACCACCUCGAGCUGCACAACAUCUAUCUGGGCCCGGACAACGAAUACCGCAACCAGAACAAGAGCAACAAGCUGUCGACCAUCGGGUACCACUCGGACGUCUCGUACGAGCACCAGCCGCCCGGCGUCACGAUCCUGACGCUGCUCUCUGUGCCCGAGACGGGCGGCGACACGGCAUGGGUGUCCCAGACGGCGGCGUACGCGCGACUCUCACCGCCGAUCCAGAAGCUCCUCGAGGGCUUGAGGGCGGAGCACAGCGGGUUUCCUCAAGCCGACAAUGCGCGGAGGGACGGGAAAUUUGUGAGGAGGGAGCCCGUCAAGUCGGAGCAUCCCAUCGUCCGCAUCCAUCCGGCAACCGGCCAGAAGGCAUUGUUCAUCAACCCAGGCUUCACAAAGAGGAUUAUCGGACUCCGGGACGAGGAGUCGGACGCGCUGCUGAAGCUGCUUUUCAAGCACAUCAACCAUGGACAAGACUUCCAGGUGCGCGUCAAGUGGGAAGAGGGCACAGUGGCGCUGUGGGACAACCGCGUAACGGCGCACACGGCCAUCUCGGAUUACAACGUCCACAACCCGCAGGAAGGACUGCGGCACGGGUUCAGGAUCACGACAUUGGCAGACAAGCCAACUGGGGCGAGCGGCCUGGGAUCCACGUGGUGAGUGGCAUCACAGCAUUCGGUCCGUUGUACUUGGGCCGCGUAGCUGUUAGCCUUGCAAUCUGUUUGAGUCUGGAGGUAUACAAUGUAGGUGGGCGGGACAGGUAGGCUGUGACAGUGAUAUUGGGACCGUGUCGAGGCUCCCUGGGGGAGACAGGGACUGGCAUGGAAGCUUCGGAAGUGAAACGGGAAGACAGAUUGUUGCGGGAGGAAACUUGGCGGGGCCAUGCGCUCCCGCGACGUUUUAGCCAGUAAGUGCCGGCAGCAAGCGGACACCGGGGGCGUUGCUGGAGAAGAAGGCCGACCCGUGCGUUGCUUCGCCUGGAGUUGUCUCGUGCAUAGCAAAUGGAGAAAUGCGCCGUAAAGCGACCGAGGAAAAGUGGACAGACACGAUCAUUGUGAAAUACUUGUCCAGCUGUAACAUGGCAUGUUG